GCGGUUCUUGUGGCGAUUGAGGUACUGUGUUUCUUAUCUCUCUUCCAAACCCUAAGUAGUCGUUCGCGUCACCCAUUCCUCUUCUUUUUUUUCCUAUCGAAUCUCUUUCUCUCAUAGCCAAAACUACAUUGGCGUUAACCAACCUAGAAUUGCUAGUUUCUUAAACCGUAACUGAUUUAGGUUAGAAACAGAGAAUCUGAUUUUUAUGUUUUAGUGGUUGUAGGAAAACAAUGUCAAACACUGAUGAGCAGCCUCCAGAAAGCAUAGAAUGGAUCGAGAAAAUGGCAUAUGUGGUUGCAAUAAGGGGGCCGGAGUUUGAGAAGGAGAUGAUAAUCGUUAAUAGGGGAGAUACAAAUUUCAGCUUUUUGAGCAGCUCAGACCCUAGUCACGCUUUGUACCAGCAAAAGCUUACUGAAUAUCAAGGAGGUAAACCUCCGGAUUUCCAACCUUAUACUCCAGCUACUCCUGAGCCGGAGGAGCCUCAGGAUUGUGCAUUUCCAUUUCCUGUGGUGAUCUCACGCGAGGAGAAGGAGCUUUGUAUUAUUAAGCUCAUUGCGCAGUUUGUGGCGCGGUAUGGGAAGCUUUUUCAUGAGGAUUUGAAGCGUGUAGGUGUUAUGAGCCCUAUGUUUGACUUUAUUAAGCCAACUAAUAGCAACUUCGGUCUUUAUAAUGCCCUCGUUACUUCGUAUUCACGAGUAUUAAAACCUUCCCUUGGUUCUCCCUUCUUUCUUGAUCGUAUUUUCGACCAUCUUCAAUUGGAGAAGCUGGAGGAGGGAAGUGAGACGGCUAUGAUUGAUUUGUUUGAUUUUGUGGGUGGUGUUGACUUUUUUGCUCACAUGGACGAUGCUCACUAUCCUGCUAUCCUACCACCACCUCAACCCUUUUCAGUGAUAACGCACUUGUCUGAUUUGCAAGCUGAUGAUUCAGCUAUUCAUGAGUGUGUAGGCGAUGCAAAAACCGGUCUUGGGCCUCCUACUAUAAGGAUCACACCCAAGGAGUUCGGUGUUAUUAAGCUCACAGCGCUGUUUGUGGCGCGGUAUCGGAUGCCUUUUCGUCGGGCUUUGAUGAUGAGAGUGGCUAUGAACCCUCUGUUUGAGUUUAUGUUCUUUCGCCCGUCUUCUCUGAAGAAAAGAGUACUGUUUACGGACUACCCUUCUCUGACGAAGAGAGUACUGUUUACGGACCCUUCGUUUGGGUUUGUGGAGCCAACCGAGAUCAGGUUCAAUAUUUUCAAUUUGCUUGUUGAUGUGUAUUCCAGAGUAUUAUUUCCUUGCAAAAAGCUGAAGAAGAGUGAUGCUUGUACGAGGGCCGUUGUUGAUUUUUUUCUCAAACUCCUUCACUUGGAGAGGCUGGAGGAGGGAGUGGCGGCUGCUGUGAUCGAUUUGCAUGCUUUUGUGGGUGGUGUUGACCGUUUUGCUCACCUUGAUGAUGAAGAUUAUUCUGCUUCCAUGCCACCACCUGAACGCCUUUCAGUGAUGAUGAACCGGGUAACACUAUCUGAGCCUGAUAUGCUUUUGCAGCUUCCAUUGGGAUCUCAGCUUGCUAGUGUUCGUAAGCAAUACAAAUGUGUAGGUGAUAUCGAUUCUUUAAGGGCUCCUACUCUAAGAAGCGUAACAUUUAGAGUCCCUGGAAAGGGGAUCACACUCAAGGAGCUUGGUAUUAUUAAGCUCACAGCGCAGUUUGUGGUGCGGUAUGGGUAUGAUUUUUGGUGUGGCUUAACGGAUAGAGUGUCUACGAACUCAUUUUUUCAGUUCUUGAAUCCUUUCGAUAAGCAGUUCCGUUUUUAUUGUGGGCUUUCUCUUGCGUACACCGGAGUGCUAAAAUCUUCUAAAAUGCUGAAGAAGCCUGAUGCUUGUACGGCGGCCUUGCUUGAGGGGUUUUUUCACCGACUUCAACUGUGGAAGCUGGAGGAGGGAGUGGAAACGGCUAUGAUUGAUUUGCAUGCUUUUGUGUGUGGGGUUGACUGUUUUGCUCACAUGGAGGAUGGCGACUAUUUUGCUAUAAUGGAUCCACCUGAACGCCCUUCAAUAAUGAUUAACCAGCUAACACAAAUCCAACCUAAUGCUCCAGCUACUCAUGAGAAGUGUCUAAAACGUAGCUAUAAUUUUCCAUAUGCAUUUGGUGGCUGGAUCUCACUCAAGGACCUUGGUAUUAUGAAGUUCACAGCUCUGUUUGUGGCGCGUUAUGGGAUGUAUUUUUGUCGAGAUUUGAUGAAGAAAGUUGUUAUGAAGCCUCAGUUUAAGUUCAUGGAGCCAACUAAUAGCAUGUUCAGGUUAUAUAACGUUGUUGUUGAUGCAUAUUCUAGAGUAUUACAGGAGCCUUCCGAUGAUGCUUGUACGGAGACAGUUCUUGAGGAUUUUUUCCGCCGUCUUCAAUUGGAGAAUCUGGCGGAGGAGGAAGAAGUUAUGAUUGAUUUGCAUGCUUUUGUGAGUGGUAUUGACUAUUUUGCUAGCGUAGAGGAUGUUGACUAUUCUGCUUUGAUGCCACCACCUGAACUCCUUUCAAGUAUAAUGAACCGGAUACCUAGUAUGCGUAUGCGGCUUCCACUGGAAUAUCGGCGUUUGUAUCCUCCUUAUCAUUAUUGUUAUGGUCAGUUUUCAUAUACUUCAAUGGGGAUGAUGCAAACUGCACGAUCCGAUGAACCAGAGGCAAAGAGACAAAAGUUUGACGAGUCAGCUCUUGUUCCAGAAGGGACUGAUCGAAGGCGUCACAGUCGAUGGCAAUAAGAAAGGAGUUCUCUAUAUACUGAGGCAAGAGCCGAUUUGCUUCAGCAACUAAUAGCUCUUUCGAAUGUGUCUGAUCCAUUAAGGUUUAUUGACUUCCAUUUAACCAAAAAUUGGCACCGAGUUUCGAUUGUUUGGUUUGUAUUAGCGCCUUGCUCAACAUUUACAUGUUAUAAGAAUAUGUUUUCAUUCAUAAAAACAUUAGUUAUUU